CGGGCGGGGACGGGGCCAGCCCGAGGAAAUCAAACGGCCCCGACAUGAAUUAGGCGGCGGGCUGCAGAGGGGAGGGUCCCCCUCGCCCGCCCUUCCCGCACGGCGCCCGGCGGGAGCAGCGCCGCCCCGCACGGAGCCGGCGGUCGGGGCACACACGCACACGCGGCGCAGGCAGGCAGGCGGCGGGGGCGGGCCGGCCGGCCGGGGGGGGCCGGCAGAUGAAGAUGGCAAUGUCUGUGAUCCAAGCGUGCCGCAGCCUGGCUCUCUCAACAUGGCUGCUGUCCUUUUGUUUCGUGCAUCUGCUGUGCCUGGACUUCACCGUGGCCGAGAAGGAGGAGUGGUACACGGCCUUCGUCAACAUCACUUACGCCGACCCGGCGGGCGGCAGCGCCGAGCUCCGCAGCGAGAAGAGCGAGUGCGGACGCUACGGCGACCAGUCGCCCAAGCAGGACGCCCGCGGGCAGGUGGCCCUCUCCGCCUCGCCCGCCGACCGCUACGCCUGCGACCCCGGCACCCGCUUCAACGCCCCGGCGCCGGGCAAGAGCUGGGUGGCCCUCAUCCCGCGGGGCAACUGCUCCUACAAGGACAAGAUCCGCCACGCCGCCGCCCAGAACGCCUCCGCCGUCGUCAUUUACAACGUGGGCUCCAGCAACGCCAACGAGACCAUCACCAUGCCCUACGCAGGCCUAGAUGAUGUUGUAGCAAUAAUGAUUCCUGAACCCAAAGGAAAAGAGAUAGUGAGCCUCCUGGAGAGGAACAUCACUGUGAUGAUGUAUAUAACAAUAGGGACACGAAACCUGCAGAAGUACGUUAGCCGGACGUCCGUGGUGUUUGUCUCCAUCUCCUUCAUCGUGCUGAUGAUAAUCUCGCUGGCGUGGCUGGUCUUCUACUACAUCCAGCGGUUUCGCUACGCAAAUGCCAGGGACAGGAAUCAGCGCCGGCUUGGAGAUGCUGCAAAGAAAGCAAUCAGCAAGCUGCAAGUCAGAACAAUCAGGAAAGGUGAUAAGGAAACUGAACCAGACUUUGAUAACUGUGCUGUUUGUAUUGAAGGUUACAAACCCAAUGAUGUUGUCAGAAUUUUACCUUGCAGGCAUCUUUUUCACAAGUCCUGUGUAGACCCCUGGCUGCUCGACCAUCGUACCUGCCCUAUGUGCAAAAUGAAUAUUUUAAAAGCUCUAGGGAUCCCGCCCAACGCGGAUUGUAUGGAUGAUAUACCUCCGGACUUGGAAGCCUCCAUAGGAGGACCACCAACCAACCAGAUAACAGGAGCCAGUGAUAUAACAGUGAACGAGAGCUCUGUAGCCCUGGAUCCCCCGGUGCGGACUGUGGGAGUGCUACAAGUAAUCCAAGACGUAGACUCCUUUCCCCAGGCUGGGGAGGGUAACUUCACAACAAGCAAUGAACAGGAGCCAGCAGUCAGCAGCGAUUCAGAUAUUUCAUUGAUUAUGGCCAUGGAGGUUGGACUGUCCGAUGUGGAGCUUUCCACUGACCAAGACUGCGAAGAGGUGAAGUCUUGAAAAACAAACAGAGCUCUGAGACUAAACUACAGGGGAGGGCCACAGGGAGGGACCGAGUCAACCUUCUAGGAUUUGGACCAGUCACACACUUGCCUCCAGAUCACUGUCACUCCUGCACACUCCAUUCUGAGAUGGUCACGAAAAGCAAUAGCAACAAUUGUGUCUGCCUGGAUGCAGUUUCAUCAUCUACAUACAUUCAUAAUGUUCAUAUGGGAGAUGAACGCUUCCAGUUUGCCCACGUGCUUGAGAGCAGUCAUGUAACUCUUCAGUGGCUCAUAACUACGCAACUGAAAUGACAGCUUGAGUGUUUUCUACACUUGUUUGAUCGCGUUUUUGUUUCUUUUUUUUUGAAGAGGUAUGUUUGUUAUGUUUGUUUGUUUGUUUAUAGUUUGUUAUGAAUAGACAUUCUUUUCAUUGACUGACCCCAGCUUUUUCAAGAGUUCAAUCCAGAAACCAGAAUUCCUCGUUCACUGGUCACUUAAUGAUCCCACUCCAGGAUCUAUCAUUUCCUGCUGUUUCUUCAUGAAGUACACAUGGCUUCAGAGGGACGGUGCACCAGCAUCCUGUGUUAAUGUGAAACCUGCUUACAUUAAGUGGAGCCUGGGAAAUGUUGUAAUCUGAAGGUCUUUAUUUGUAAGAGAGCUCUGAAUUAACAAAGAUUUCUGAGAUUUGGUUCAAAACAGCAUUAUUUUGGCUUCUACAUAGAGCUCUCUUUGUGACAAGUAUGAUACAGAGUUGAGGGAGACAAAGAAGUGCAUCAAGCUUCACCUCAUCCUCGUAGUCCUUUGCUGCAUUUUAUGCUGUUAGUAUGUCAACAUGUAUGUUAACAUGUAGUAUGUCAGUACGUACUACAUGUUAGUAUGUACCUACUUGCUUAUACAUAUACCAAACCGUUCUGGGUAGAGAGGAAGGAAUUUGGAAAUUAACAGAAGUAACACAAAUCAAAACAUCAAAAUAAUAAUGAUCUGUGAUUACAUUUAAUCCAUCCUGAACUAUGCUUCCAGGGAAAAGCUCAUCAUUACUUGCUCAACGUAAGAUUUCAUUUUUCAGUCAAAAUAUUCAACUGUGAAUAAGCAUUCUUAGCUUCCUGUUCUACAAGAGUAAAGAGUUUCUGUUGACAGUCAGAUGAUUUGAAUCACAUUACUGCCUCCUGAGUAAGUCAGCAGAAUCAACGAUUCAUCUUACAUUGAAAUUUCAUGGAGAGGUCAAACAUUUUCACUUGUAUCACAGCAGCAUCUCAAAACACAACUGUUAGGGUUUCUUGCUGUAUCUAAAUUUCCUUUUCCACAGCUCAGCUGUGGAAAACAGCUCCCACCCAAAAUUCAGCUCGUCAGAUUUUAUUCAGGAAUAAAUGUGUUUAGAACUGUACCUAAAAUUCUGGACAACUUGCUUGUUUAUUGCAGGAAGAAAGAAGAAUUAUACUCCAUGCUUUGGGUUCAGCUAGAAUUCCAUUCGUUUUACAGCUUUUUUUUUUUUUAAUGUUCUUAGUCCCUGAAUUGUAGGGUAUGUUUGAGGCUUGAGAACCAUGAUCCAGAUAUGCACUGUUACGUUUUUAUUAGCCAUUCAAAAGAACAUCUCUCCUUAAUUAAAGAGAUGCAAGCGGUUUGAAAUCUGUUUGAUUUGAAAAGGACAUUAGAGAUUGUUAGGGAGGAUGCAGCUGAGUCACUCUUGCCAAUAUUUGUGUUUCUGUUACUAUAUUUUCUGUAUUCUUUAAUGUCUUCUCUAUUCCCUGCCACUCUGGGUAAGGCCCCCACUGUCAGGGGAACAAUGCUUAAAUUUACCUCUUCACAACAGAGUUUACACAAAGUACCACAUCAGCUCCACUUAAGCUCUGAAUACUGUGCUGAAACGAGAUGUAAGUGGUGCUUACACUUCCUGUUGGCCCUUUACAUAGUAGUGAAACAUUGCUGAUGACUGUAGGGAAAAGAGAGAAGCUGGUUAUACACAGACAGGUCUCCCAAUGGGAAGUACAGAUACUGGUACAUUAUCUUCUCUAGCACUGGAGCCUGGGUGCUACAUGUCACAGAACAUCAUGAACACGAUGUCCGAGUUGUCAGUGAUCCUUUCACACCCACCUGCUGCAGCCCAGCACACAGACAAAGCUCUUGUAGUUUCGGAGGACCUGCCAGAAAGUCUUCAUUUUGUUUCGCCAGAGGAAUUAAGUUAAUGGACAAAUUGAUUAAUUAUCUGUUGCUAUAAUGGAGUCCCCUGCAGUACAGCACAGCAAACGAGGUCUGUGCUUGCACCAGAGGCUGUAAAAAAGGCGAGGCAGGAGGUGAAACAUCCAGUUAAUGGUGGAGAGGGUCGUUUGCAUGGCAAAAUCGUUAAAGGGUGCUAUGCUAAAUGCAGCAGCAUGUAGUAACUGAGCCCCUGCCCAUAUUGCUAGGAGCAGUAAUACUUCUCCUAAGUAUCCCAUCCUAGAUCAGUCCCUUGGCGCCCAGGGCUGGCCACCCUCAUGGGCACGGCGCUUGGCUGGGUAAGAUGUUUUUACGUCUCACCAUAUUCUAGUCUUUCAAAAGAGUCAUCCUAGCAAAUCUGGGCCAAGAGUGUUUUGGCUUUUGUUUUCCAAAAACAAAAGGUUUUUGUUUACCUGCAGUUUUGCUCAGGAAAGAUGUUUCUCCAUCUCUCUCCUUCAGUGUUGUGUAGCUCUGAGUGCUGUGAAGUGAUCACAAGUGCAAAGCCAGGUCGCACAUCACUGAAGGCAGAACCUAGGAAAGCACUUACGUAAAUGUUCUAAUCCAUCCUUGUUCGGAAAAGCACUUAUGGUUAAUUUUGGACUUGUACUGAAAUCACACUAUUUUCAACAGGUCUCCUAUGAACAUAUUUAAGCCCCUGUGUCAAAUGGAAAUGUUCUCCUAAAGUAGGACCUGGCUACCAGUGAUUUUUGUACCUAUGACCUGUGAAAUGCCUUGGGAAUUUGAGGUGCUUCAUAAAUAUUAAGACCCCAGAGGUUGGUUUGUAACAGACGAAAGCCUUAAUUCUGCAGAUCUGCAUGCCCAUGCACAGUUUUGCCUAUGUGAAUCUCUCCACCGUGAUUCUUCACAGGGUAAAAUGAAACCUCCUCACUGGCACAUUUGGGCAAAAUUAGUCCUUUCCUGAGAGCAUUUUGCAAUUCUUCAUUACUGUUGCCCACCAGCCCGGGGCUCUGCCAUUAAGCUGGUGGGAUUCAGCUGCUGGGGGCACAGAACAGAGAGUGGCCCUUGGCCUGCAGUGAUGGAAAAAUAAAAUCCUCAUGUGCCCUCUGACCAAUAGGGCUCAAGUAUGCAGUUCUGCACACUCGCACAGCGUGGCUUUACUGCUGCAGCCACUGCCUACUGCCAGGACAGCAGGGAUGGGGCAGUGGCUGCCUCCUCCACAGGGCUGGUGGCGAGAGGACAGCACAGCUCUCUGAGAAGUGUUCCUGUCGCUCUUCCUGCUCCUGUCACCUGAGGCUCUUUCCUCUGAUUUCCAUUUAGUGAGUAGCAUGUGGGAGAACAUUUGCCAGCUUGUCUUCAUUCCAGCUGUGUUGCAGAAUAAAACCUGGGCAAGCAGAGCCCUUGCUCUGCAUUCCCUUCAGUUUUCGUGGGUUUCACUAAGCUGCAUUCCCAAAGGUCUGUUCCGUAGGUAGGAGACAUAAGCAACUGUAUGAAUUCUGUGCUCAUAACCAACCUAAUGUAUGUGCGCAGUUGUGCAAGACACCAGUCCUGAAUCUCUUCCUCAGCUCACCCAUGCUGGUGGAGACCCUUGCUGUGGGUUUGGGGGGUUGUUUCUUUUCCCUGACUGGUUUAGAGCCUCAGGAAACAGAAUUGGGAUGAUUGUAGUGCUACAGUUUGUUCUUUAAGCAUUCUACAGAAUUACGUUUCCACAUAUGGGUAUGUAAGUACAUUGAUAUGUCUAUGGAAACUGUCGUGAAAACAAGCUGCUGCCAUUUUUAGAGUGUUUCCAUAUGUGAGAGAAUAUGGCAAUAAAGAAAAAGGCUUUAUAGAAGCUAUUUCAAAUAAAAAUACUGAAAUCACAUACAAGAGGUCCCCAGGAUCUCACUACUUUACUUUAACGAAAUCUGGGUCAGAUCCAGAUGAUGUUGUUGCAAGAAGGUCAGUACUUUGUCUCCUGUUGAACAACCAGUUUGUGAUAUGUUCUUAUUUUGUGAACAAAAUGAAUCCAAGCGCUGGAGACAGAUCUAGCUCAGAAUUCGGUGUUUCACAAAGAAUAUGCAUUUUGUGAUCUAAAGUCUUUGUUGUCAAACCUGGAAAUCCAGCCUCUUCUCCUCCUUGCUGAAUAAAAAGAAGUGCUCGUCUAACUUGAAAAAUUUGAAGCUCAGAGGAUGUUUGCACUUGGAUGGGUUGCCCUGGCAGAUAUCUUUCUGUAGUCCCCUUAACACCUCUGUGUCAUUAGUAUACAGUGGCAGAUUUUCCAUAAAAUGUAUUUUAGUUCCCAUUCUGGUUAAACCUGGAAUGCAGCUGUCGUAUAGAUUUUCCAGUCUUUUGCGUUGCAAACUUUUUCCUUGGAAUGUACAUUACAGCCCUAAGAGGAGAUUCAAUGGCAAACAGGCAAAGAUCAGGGCACAAGCCUUCAUGGACAACCUGCAGGCUGCAGGUCCUCGUGGUGGCAAUUGGUCUGCACUGAAAUGACAACACAGGUUGUGUUUGGCAGCAGGAGAUGCAUUUCAGCCCGGGCAGCUGGGAGUCUCCCAGGAUUUGUUUAUAAGAACCUCAUUCCUGCCUGGUCUCUGUCCAUAGAAAAUCUCAUGA